AUGAGACUUAUACGAACUACUUUGGCCGUUUUGGUAGCCAUAACAGACGCCCUGGUCUGGGAAGAUGGAACUGGAAAGCUACCUGCCAUGGGGUGGAACUCAUGGAACACUUAUGAAUGCAACAUCAGCGCUACGCUUUUCCUCGAUCAAGCUCAAGCCAUGAUUGACCAUGGAUUCCUGGAUAGUGGCUACAAUUACGUGAACCUCGACGAUUGCUGGUCUCUCGUUACCGGCCGCGACAAGGUGACCAAACAGCUGGUUCCAGAUCUUGACAAGUUCCCAGAUGGGAUUUCAGGUCUGGCAGAUCAAAUUCAUGAUAUGGGCUUCAAGAUCGGAAUCUACAGCAGCGCAGGAACGGAGACCUGCGCAGGAUACCCUGCUAGCAUCGGAUACGAGAGCAUCGACGCAGCAUCUUGGGCGGCCUGGGGCAUUGAUUACCUCAAGUACGAUAACUGCAAUGUACCGGCCGACUGGACAGACGAGUGUCCAGCCUGUGUCGCCAGCAUGGCUUAUCCCCAGCUCUACGGCAACGGGACGUGUCCUUCUGAAGACGAUACAUGUCCCUCCGGCUAUAACUACACAGCGUCCAAAACGGCCGAGAGAUACCGGGUCAUGCGCGACGCCCUCACAGCCCAGAAUCGCACGAUCCAAUACAGUAUUUGUGUAUGGGGCUAUCAAGGGGUAGAAGAGUGGGGAAACCAGACAGGUAACUCUUGGAGAAUCAGUACCGAUAUCGAAGCGAGAUGGUCCUAUAUCACUUCUAUCCUCAACAUGAACACCUUCCAGAUGGACCGAGUUGAUUUCUGGGGCCACAACGACGCAGAUAUGCUUGAAGUCGGUAACCUUGGACUCACUUACGCAGAGGCUCGCUCACACUUUGCGUUCUGGGCUGCCAUGAAGAGUCCUCUGAUUAUGAGCGCAGACCUCACGACCAUGUCCAAGGAAUACAUCGACGUGCUGAAGAAUGAGUACCUGAUCGCCUUCAAUCAAGACGACGUGUAUGGGGCGGCUGCAAAGCCAUACAAAUGGGGGUAUCUGCCGGAUUACACCUGGAACGAGACAUACCCGGCCCAAUACUGGGCUGGCGAGAGCAAACAAGGCACACUCGUCCUCAUGCUUAACACGCUAGAUGUUACCAAGGAUAUGACGGUUGACUUCAGCGAGGUGCCGUAUCUCGAGGCCAACGGAACCUAUCAUAUUCUUGAUGCUUGGUCGGGGGAUUGUCUCGGUUCAUUUACCAACAGCGCCACGGUCCCUGUUGCCUCACACGACACAGCUGUGUUGGUGUUUCAAUACUGUGGCAAAUUUUUAUUAUAA